AUGGAUGCGCCUAUACAUCCCGGCCCUCGGACGUCGGAUCUAUUAGCCCUACAGCCCCAGCAUAGAUCCGAGUAUAUCUGGGAGGGACAGUUGCUUACAACGACUUUUCGGGCCAGGAGAGUGGAUCUACUAUGGGAGUUUUUGAGUCCUCCCCGCGUUCUACAUCCCCGCGUGGUCCAUCACCUGGAGGAGAUGGGAUUUUAUCGGAUUAUUAGGAUUGGCCGGAUACAGCUCGACUAUGCUUUGAUCACGGACGCAGAGAUUUUAUAUGGCCUGUCUGCUGAUGGCUUGCCUGUUUUACUCCCUGCGAACAUGAGAUAUUAUCCGCGGGAGGCAUAUUGGGAUAUGCUGCACAUGCUCACUGGUUUCAUGCCGGAGGACCAGGAGGUAGCGUCUGGGGUCAGUCGCAUACAGUUAGUCCCUAUUAGAGACCACCUGGUGCAGCUCCACGAUACUAUCACCGACGAGUCAGAGGAGGUGGAUGUGCAGCGAUAUACGAGGCCGUUGCUGCUCCUUCCAUUUGGGGGGGUUUUGUUCCCGAACACUUCGGGGAACCUAGUCAGCCUCCGUUUUCUGCAUCAUAUUACCCGGUUCGAGGAUACAGCCAGCUACAACUGGGGUGGUGCUGGGCUUCCAUGA